CGAAGCGGGCAGACGCUCGGUUGCCGCCGGUCGACCGAGCCGAGCCAGGCCCCGACCCCACCGAUCCGAUCGGCAGCGGCAGGUCCCACGCAGGUUCGCUCCCCCACAGUCACAGACCAGAUCCCGACGCCCCCACCACACCACACCACACCGCACCGCCCUUCCCUCUUCCCAAACUCGCGCAGGCAAACGCACCGGCACCGCACCAGACCAGACCAGGCCGAAACGGGCGAAUUUCACCCGCCGGAGCCAUGGCGGAGUGCCGCAGCCUCAUCGAGUUCCUGCGCGCCUUCGAGCAGCACCGGAGGGCGGCGGACCCCUCGUCUGCCACCCGAUCCAAGCGCGCGCCGUCCCCCUCCAGGCGCCACAGCCUCACCGCGCUCUGCGACCACUCGCCGAUGGCCGCGCUGGACGCGCUCCUGCUGCUGGCCGUGCUCGCCGCGCUGGGCUUCCUCGUGGCCCCGCACGCCAGGCUGCUGCUGCUCGAGGCGCGCGCGCUGCUCCACCCGGCGGCCUCCUGCCUCUCGGCCGCGCCGCUCGCGGGGGCCGCCGCCGCCGUCGCCGGGGCCGCGCUCGGAUGGGGCCUGCUGGGCCACCACGCGCGCAAGUGCGGCAAGCCGCGCUGCAGGGGCCUCAAGAAGGCCGUCGAGUUCGACAUCCAGCUCGAGACGGAGGAGUGCGUGCGCGGCCGCCCCACCCCCGCCGCGCGAUCGGCCCUGCUCGCCGCCGCCGGGGCGCCCCGCCCCGUCGAUCUCGGCGACGCGCACCGCGAGCUGGAGGCCGAGCUCCGGAAGAUGGCGCCGCCCAAUGGACGCACCGUGCUCAUCUUCCGCGCGCCCUGCGGCUGCCCCAAGGGCCGCAUGGAGGUCUGGGGCGCAAAGAAGGUGCGCCGGAUCAAGAAGUAGACACACACAAGAUGAAGGGUCGGAUAAUUCCUUCAUCAUACUAGUAAUAAGCAGUAGCUGAAAUACAGGUUGCCUCCCUACCUCCUUGGUACUCAUAAGUAAGUAUAGCGAGAGAGAAUAAAGAGCUCAUACAAAUAGGUAUAUCAAAAUAUCAGAUGAUAGACUAUAGAUUAUGUGUUACCAUGCAGAGGAUGUUUGGACAUAAAUAUAUAUAUAUAUCGAUGCUUGCUCA